UUUUAGAAAAGCGGAAAGUCUGCGAAGGCGCAGAAUUGGACGAGUCCUGGACGCGGGGCAGAUUUUUCGUUUCAAUUCGGACGAAACUACAAUGAGAGAUGCAGGAUGGAGCUCGUGGCUAUGGCGGAGCUUUGUGAGGAAUGCUCUCGCUUCUGCUGUGCGACUCUUCUGCUCUCUUCGUCCGCCGGCGGCCAUGGCAUCAGGCGGAUCUUCAUUAGCUUUGCGCCUCAAUUUUCUGGUUGUGGCAGUGUCGAUGGCGGUGUGGGGUUCCCUUUAUGUGAGCAAAUAUUUGCGGGAGUUCGACCUAGCUGCCAGCCACGCAGCGGUGUGCCCACGUUCGGAUUAUUCUGAGAAUGGGGAUGUGAUUCCUCACAUAUCUCGACCAUCUGAGAAGUAUAUAUCUUUGAUACUACCAGCAUAUAAUGAGGAGGCAAGACUCCGCAUCACCCUUGAUGAAAUGUUGAGUUAUCUUCAGAAGCGAGCCGACGACAAGUCAUUCACCUAUGAGAUAAUUAUUGUGGACGAUGGCAGCACUGAUAAUACUUUGGAGAUUGCAUCCGAGUAUGUGAAAACCUAUGGGAUGGAUAUGAUACGAGUUCUUAAGCAAGUAACGAACCAAGGCAAAGGAGCAGCUGUCAGAAAAGGAAUGCUUUGUUCUCGUGGAGAACUACUUUUGAUGCUAGAUUCUGACGGUGCCACUAGGUUUGCAGACUUGAGAAAGUUGGAAUUGCAAAUGUUGCGAAGCAUGGCAGACCAGCACAAAUUUGCGACAGAAGGCUCUGUUUUUGCUGGGGACAGUAUCCCCAUAGCUGUAUGGGGCUCCCGAGCACAUCUAGAAAAACAAGCAUUAGCCACACGCAAGUGGUACCGUAACAUCCUCAUGAAAGGCUUUCAUCUUUGUGUUCGCCUUGUUGCUGGUGGAGGCAUCCGUGAUACUCAGUGUGGCUUCAAGAUGUUUACACGAGCUGCAGCUCGCAAAUUAUUUCACAACAUGCGGUUGCGAAGGUGGACAUUUGAUGUGGAAUUGCUCUACCUCUGCAAGAAGCUGCGCAUCCCUGUUCAUGAAGUGGCUGUUACUUGGUCAGAAAUCCCUGGUUCGAAAGUGAAACUCCUUGGGAUUGCCUACAUGCUUGUUGAGCUUCUUCUUAUUCGAGUAGGUUACGGGCUUCAUGUGUGGAAAAUUGUGAAUAAUUCGCUUCGGAACUAGUAUUAUGAACUUUGCUAAUUCACCACAUUUCGUUUGCUGCCAAUUUAGCCGAUCUCAGAGUUUUAUGGUUUAUUUUACGAGAGCGAUUUAUUCAGAAAAUCAGUCUUGGGUACCUUGCGAUUUCACUCGUUCGAGGAAUGUUCGCCUUUCUAUGUGCAUGUAGUGUCCCUUGUUUCAGCUUUCUACAUGAAUGUGCUGAUUCUUAGAAUAUGAGCUUCAAUUUA